AUGAGAUGGAAAAAGUUGUCGAAGCUUAGAUGCAUUGCUAAACAAUUCCUAAUUAGCUUCAAAGUUGGAGGUGGGAAGAAAAUCUUUUUGUGGUAUGAUAUAUGGCAUCCUGAGGGUUGUCUUUUUGAUAAAUUUGGUUUCAGAACCAUUUAUGAUGCUGGGAGAUCUAUUGGUCCUAAAGUUUCAUCAAUCAUUCGAGACAAUAACUGGUAUUGGCCUAGUGCCAGAUCUGAAAACUUGGUACUUAUCCAGAGUAGGCUACCAGAAAUCAGUUUAGGAGGUGAGAAUGUUCCUAUUUGGAGGUCUUCUUCAGGAAAGUAUUCCUGUUCUCAAACUUGGGAACAUCUUAGACCGAAAUUUUCUGUGGUGGAAUGGCACAAUUUGGUUUGGUUUUCUUUGGCCAUUCCAAGGCAUGCCUUCAUCUUGUGGCUGGUGUUUAGGGAUGCUCUUGUCCCCAAGGAGAAACUUUGUAGUUGGGGCUUCACAGGUUCCUCCUUGUGCCUGUCCUGUUUUGCUUGCCAAGAGAGCCGUGAUCAUCUCUAUUUCUGCUGUAGUUUCGGUCGAAGGGUGUGGAGGAAUAUUAUGGCUGACUGUUGUGUUUAUAAUCCUCCUAUUGAAUGGUCUUCUAUUGGUAGCUGGAGUGCUGAGUGCUGGAAGAGCAGAAAUCUUCAGGCUACUAUUUGUAAACUCUGCUUUGGUGCCACAAUUUACUAUUUGUGGAGGCAUCGAAAUGAUCUGUUACAUGGCAACGUUCCCCGUUCUGAAGAGAAGCUGAUUCAACAAAUUAAGUGGGAUGUUAGGUCGAGAUUGGUUGCUAGAUACUCGGCCAAGAUUUGUGUGAUCGAAGAACCUUCUGCUGGUGCAGAAAUGGAAUCUGCAACAGAUUUUGAGAUAAUCUGA